UCGAUUUAUUUUGCCAUCCCUAGUUUAAUUUCCAAAAUUGACAAUAGGUUUUUGUGGCAAAAGUCUAUUCAUUUGCUUUACUUACGUGUCUCAAAUUAAAAAAAACAAUAUGGUUGACGAACCAUUAGAGCCAUUGGAACCCAGUUUGCAAAAUUUGAUUGAUCAACAGUCGUUGAAAUGGAUCUUUGUUGGUGGCAAAGGAGGUGUGGGCAAGACUACAUGCAGCUCUAGUUUGGCCGUACAAUUGGCCAAAAAGCGUGAUUCGGUGCUUAUUAUAUCGACAGAUCCGGCUCACAAUAUAUCAGAUGCGUUCGAUCAGAAGUUCACAAAGGUUCCAACUAAGGUUAAUGGCUUUGACAACUUAUUUGCCAUGGAAAUAGAUCCAAAUGCUGGUCUCAAUGAGCUUCCUGAAGAGUAUUUCGAUGGCGAGAAUGAGGCACUACGUGUCGGCAAGGGUGUAAUGCAGGAGAUGAUUAAUGCCCUGCCCGGCAUCGAUGAGGCCAUGAGCUAUGCCGAGGUAAUGAAACUGGUCAAGGGCAUGAAUUUCUCCGUAGUGGUCUUUGAUACGGCACCGACUGGUCACACAUUACGCUUGAUUGCCUUCCCACAAGUGGUGGAGAAGGGUCUGGGCAAGUUGCUGCGUCUUAAAAUGAAGGUGGCUCCAAUACUAACGCAAUUCGUAUCCAUGCUGGGCAUGACAGAUGUCAGUGCAGACUCCUUAUCCCAGAAACUGGAUGAUAUGCUGCGUGUCAUAUCCCAGGUCAAUGAACAGUUUCAAAAUCCGGAUCAAACCACUUUUGUUUGCGUGUGUAUAGCGGAAUUUUUCUCCCUCUAUGAAACCGAACGUCUUGUCCAGGAGUUAACCAAAUGCGGCAUUGAUGUCCACAAUAUAAUUGUCAAUCAAUUGCUCUAUACUCAUAAGUCCUGCUCCAUGUGUACUUCCCGCUUCAAGAUCCAAGAGAAAUAUCUGGAUCAGAUUGCCGAUUUGUAUGAAGACUUCCAUGUGAUUAAAUUGCCACUGUUGGAGAAGGAAGUUCGUGGAUCGGACGGCAUUAAGGCAUUCUCCGAGCACCUCAUCACUCCCUACGAACCUCCAGCAACUAAUGACCAGAAGUAGCAAGUGAUUUAGUUUAACUAUCUAAAAUGUAAACUAAAUCCCAAAACAAAAAAUGCAUCCGUAAUAAAAUUCUAUAAAACUGUCUA